GCUUCUGAGCAGAUUGGUGUGGUGGCCCCAGCCCCCAGGAUAGGGGGGAUGCGGAGCUGGGGUGCGGCGAAACCCAGGGCCCGGGGAGAAAGGGGGGCGCUAGCCAGGGUGACCCUGUGCCAGCGUAACAAAAGCUCGUUGUAAGCAGCAGGCAGGAAGGAAUGUGAUCCGGGGAGUUGCUUUGCUGCGGCGGGGGCGGGGCCGGGGACCAGCCCUUUACCUGCUCAGGUGAUUGCACUUCCAGCCGCUCCAAAAGGCAAGUCAGCCGGAGGUGUAGCACCUGUUGCAGCUGGAAGGGCAGUGGACCCCACGACGCCUGGCAUGGCUUGGUAGCCUUGAGCCCAGGAGGCCGGUGGGGCCGAGCCGCGGGAUCGCCCCCCACCCUCGGUCCACCAGAGGAUUGGGGAGAAGAUGAAGAAGAGCCAGGCUGCGCAGGGGACAUUUAGUAAGCUGUUUGGGAAGAAACACUCUGGCGGGGGCACCACCACCUCGCUCUAUGCCACCAACCCGCCCUGGAUCUUCACCCAAGAGGCUCCGGCUGAGGGAGCACGGGCUUUCGAUGGAAUUUAUUACAGCGACAAUCGGUUCAACACGGUGAGCGAGUCUGGCACGGCGACGCUGAAAGCCCGACCACGAGUCCGCCCCUUACUGACCUUCUUGCCUCUGAGUGCCCAGGAGAACCAUGGCCUGGCUGUGCCAACUCCCUCGGUCCCUGAGGAUUUUGUCAAGGCUGAAGAAGCUCAGGGCAAUGGCCCCCACAUGAAUGGAAAUACUGGGUUGUAUAGCUCAGUGGGAGACCUGAGGCGCGACCACCUCGGGGAUGACUAUGGGGGAGAUACCCUCAUCCCACCCCCACCGGUGGGGCCGGCUCCUCCCCCACCCUCUCCAGGGACCGCUCCCCUUGUCCCUUCCCUGCUGCUGGAGUCUCCACCCCCUCCUCCGCCCAUGGCACCUCCACCCCCUCCCCAGUUGCUGGAGCCACCCCCGCCCCCACCCAACAUGGCCCCGCCCCCGCCCCCCGUUGUCCUCUCCCCACCAUCCAGCCUGUCUUCUCCAGGAACUCCCACUCCCCCCGAUUUCAUUCCCCCUACCCCGUUGGCCUUCCUGACCUCUGCAGCCGUCACCUCAACACCCAGCUCCCCUCACACCCCUGCUGGAGCUCGGCUUUUCCCUCCCAGUGGGGUUUCCAAGUGGAAAUCGGAGCUGGGACUCAAUGACCCCAGAUCGGACGCCCUGGAAGGGACUGGUCUCCCCAUGGGCUCAGCUGCUCCCUCUUCUCCGGAGCCCAGGGGCCACCAGCCAGGGGCCAGACCCGACUCCCAUCUCACUUUUCCCCGUUCCUUCAAGGUCCCCCCACCCACCCCCGUCCGCACCUCUUCCAUCCCAGCACUGGAGCAGGAUGGCCCUAACCCAGAGGAGGGGUCGCCUGCCAGGAGGCCCCCCAGUCGGCUCCCACUGCCUCCCAGCUUCAGUAUCCGCCCUGCGGCUCAGGUGUAUCCCGAUGUGCAGCCUAAAAGAGAUGGGCAAGAUGGGCCAGGGGCCCAGGGGACCCCAGCCAGCCAGCGGAGAAGCGGUGUGAAUGGCACAGCAGACCUCCCGCCUCCAGCCCCUUCUGUGCCUCCCCCAGCCCCUCCUCUUCCACCCCCUCCAGCUCCUCCUCUGCCUCCUCCAGCUCCUCCUCUGCCUGUAGCAGAGAAGACCUCGUUGCCGCAGGCUGGGGUAGCUGGGGAGAUUUCCAAAUCUCAGUUCCCCAGCCCCAAACCUGGGCUCCCCAGCCCAAAACCUGGACUCCCCAGCCCAAAACCUGGGCUUUCCUUCCCCAAACCUGGGCUCCCCAGCCCCAAACCUGGGCUUCCCAGCCCCAAACCUGGGCUCCCCAGCCCCAAACCUGGGCUCCCCAGCCCCAAACCUGGCUUCCCCAGCCCCAAACCUGGCUUCCCCAGCCCCAAACCUGGCUUCCCCAGCCCCAAACCUGGGUACUCCAGCCCCAAAACUGGACUCCCUAGCCCCAAACCACCAAGGGAGUUUUCUGUCCUCAAACCCAAAGCGAGCCCAGCAGCUCCCGCCAGUUCCUUGGCUGACAAUGAGGAUGAUGAUGACGAUGAUGAAGCCUGGCGACAGCCCAGCCAAAUGGACCAACUGCGGAACGAGUUGUCGGCCUACUUGUGCGGACAGAGACGAGCCUCCCAGCCCCUCCACCCCAAGGCCAGCCCGGCCAGGAGCCCCGAGGCCGAGUCCCCGGCCGCAGAGCGGGGACCUCCUUGCAGCGGGGCUGAGCCUUCUCAGCAGCCCCCGGCCCAGCCUCCAGUGGACGGGGAGCAGAGGCAGAAGAUGCCGGCCCCUGAGAAGGAAUCUGCCAGACUCCUUGCCCUUCCGGCUGCCGAUUAUGCACCCUCAGACCCUCCCAAGCCCAGCGUGCAGAAGAUCCGCAGUGAGCUGGAGGCUCUGUUUGCCCCGCCGGGGAAGGUAGGUGGAGCCUGCAGCCCCAAGCUGGCUUCUGGCGCCAUCAGAACGCCCAAGAGCCCUGAAGGCCCCACGUCACCCAAGCCCCUGGCCAAGAAGUUGCCUCUUCUGCCCCCGGAAGCCGAGCGAGAACCUGGAAUCCCACCCCCCAGAAGCAACGGACUGGAGCGGAAGCUGCCGACGGAGAACCAACGCUGGCCGCCCAGUCCCCUUCGCCUCCCUUCCUCUCCCCCUGACUCCGGGGGCUCCCCAGCUCCGGCCCGGAAACUCAACGGACUGGCUGCUCCCUCCUCGCCGGCUCCCCUGCUCCGAGAGGACCCCCAGGUGUUGUACAAACCCCACCGGGGCCGGGUCAGCCCCCCUCAUGACGUCCCCGUGGAGACCCCUGACCCGGCCCCGAGGAUGAGUGAGGUCGAGGGGUCCGGCCUGCCUGCUCCCACCCUGUCCCCGGACCCCAAGCCCAAAGGGGAAGCCCUGCUGCAUCCUGUGACCGGAGAGGUGGUGGAGCCCGGCUCCCCCAUGGCCCUGCUGCUGGCCGCCAGGCAGAGGGCCCAGAAGGGGCGGACCAGCGGGGCCGGGGUGGUGCUGGCCGGGCGGUGGCGGGGUAACGGCCCGGCGGAGCCCAACUCCAACAGCAUCUUCUACAACGAGGGCCGCCCGAACUCCUUCACCGUGGUGCCCAGGCCCAUCAGGGAGGCCCAGCCGGAGCUCCCGGGCCCUCCCGUCCAGGCCUGGACCCAGGCCCAGGCUACACCGGUCCGGCCACACGAGGCCAAGCGUCCCCCAGGCUCCCCGCUGACCCUCUGGUCUGGCCGGCGGCAGGAGGAGUCCCGUGACCGCCUGCGGGUCCCCCCGGGUCGCUCGGCCCCUGCAUCCUUCUCCUCGCCCCCUUCCCCGACCCGCAAGGCAGAGGAGCAGCAGUUUGGCUACGACCUCAUUCCUCCACCCCCAGAGUUCAGUAACGAGCCCGACCUCCCCACCGCGGCCCCCACCGCCUUGGGCGGGAGGGGCUCCUCGCUCCGCAACAGCUUCGACUAUGGGCAGCGACUGGACUUUGGGCCCCUGGUGUACGAACGGCCCCAGGCGGGCUCCCCGAUGGGCGGCGCCCCCCACCAAUACUACCCCAGCACCCACUACUCCGGCGGGGGGCUGGACCGCUUCUCCAGCGGCGGCCGCUCCCUGAUCAAGAAGCGCCUCUACGUCAGCGAGACCCCCAGGAGCCCCGGCCUCAGGAGGGGUCCGGGCUGCCUGGCAUCCCGCAGCCACAGUAUCCCGAACGCCUUCCCCCAGGGCGCCGGGGGCGGCGCGGAGCUGCGGAGGGUCAGCGUGGCCAGCCGAGGCGGCCACGGACGCCGGUUGUCCCUGGAGGGCUCCGGACGGAGCUCGGCCUACGUGGCCGGUGGUGGUGGCCUCUCCGGGGACGGCAAGUACAAAGCCUCCCCCAGCCCAGAUUGCACCUGCGUCCCGGCCGGCGGCAGGCCCCCCCACGGCAGUUCUCCGUUCACCAGCCCGGCCAACACCUUCACGGUCCGCCCCGGGACCCACCAGCCCAUCUCCUAUGCCUACCAGGGGGGCCCACGCAAGCCCGUGUCUUGAGCCCUGGCCCUUGCCGCCACGCCUGUUGGGAGAAGGGGGGUGUCCCGGGCCACGCACCCUCGAGGCCAAGGCGGGAGGGGUCUCCCCCUCUCCCAACUCUCAGGAGGAGCCUGAGCUUCCCAAAUGGCCAAUGAGGAAGGGUCAGGGCCGAGGCGGGAAGCCUCGAUGGGGCCAAACCUCCGCCCAGAUGGUUUUAUGGUUGUUACAUAGUAGCACUGUUCUCCACUUUAGUUUAUUUGAAGACAGAGGGGAUGUCCCUAACUAGUGCCCAGGGUCUCUUCCAGGGACAUCUGGCUGGUUGGUCCCUUCGACUUAUUUAAGGAGUUUUUAACUUUAAAGAUGAAGCCGCCCCUCUCGGGCAGAUACCUGGCAUCACGCUGCGACUGGCCUCCCCGGGACCUGCCCGCCUGACUGCAGGAAGAGGGAGGGGGCUGGAGCGGGAGGUAAGCUAAGCCGUGCACUGUGGAGGAGCCCUGGGGUAGGAGCAGCAGGGGGUCGUCCCUGCUCUGGGGCCCCACCUGGGCUGGCCCCUAGCGGAGCUGCUGCCUUUCUGCCACGGGAAGACAGUGAAUCCUGGAGCCACAGACCCUGGGCACUCCGCCCUCUCUCUUCAUAACGUAACAGUUUGCUUCUGAAGCUCUCCAGCACUUCCUGAGCUAAUUGUGCCAGUGCCAAGACCAAAAAUGCUGCCCAUCCCAGAGGGGGAGCCCGAAGCACUUUGAGAUUCGUAUUUGCAACGAAAGCACUUUUAAUCUCUUUGCAAUGGUGAGGAAUGGAGUAAUUCCUCGUCCCCUGCCUCCGCCCUCAAACCCCUACUAACCCCCAGCUCCCCAGGGCUCAGUCUCGAGGCUGUGUAGGUCAGGAAAGGGAUUCUGGGCCUGGCAGUUGACCAGUCAGAGAGGAGUUGAGCAGGGUUAUGGAUCCUGGUGCCACAGGGGCAAGUAAUAAAUUCCCUUUUACAGGAAAUAGCCCCCAGGGUUUGGGGGGGGAAGAGGUUUUGAGGAAAUGAAGCGGGCCUCCUGCUUUCUCCCAGAUAACCUUGUUUUAUUCUUCCCUUCCUCCUCUCCCCCAUCACCCACUUGGCUGGCACAAUGUCACUCUCAAGAGGGCAUCUCUAGACCUGAGUUUCAGGUUCUGGAGCCUGGCACAUCCCGGGAGCAGGCUCCCUCAGAUACCAGUGGCCUAUCUGAGUGUAGAAGCCACUGGGUCAUCUCGGGGUGUCUGGAAUACUUCCCUUCAGAGAAGGAGCUAAAGACAACCGAGAAGCUUUAGAGAACUAGGGCAAGGAGAUAGAGAGAGAAGAGAAAGAAUAAGGAGAUGAGCGAGAGAGAGAGAGAGAAGAGAAAGAAUAAGGAGAUUGGAGAGAGAAAAAGAGAGAGGAUAAGGGGAGGGAAAAGGAAGUGAGUCCUGAUAACUUUGUUACACUCCUUCAUGAGCUGGCUAUUAAGUGAGGGGAAGUAAAGAGAAAAGAGAAGAAAGUCAAUGUGAUGUGGGGGAUGAACAAGCAUGUUGUGGAUCCAAGCAUGUGGUUCUAUAGAUAUGCAUGUAUUUUAUCUGUACAAUGUUUUAUAAAAGUUUAUUAAUUUAUGCACUCUGAAAGCAGGAAUCUGCAGCAGGGGAGCUGGGUUCUGAGUGUGCAGACUGUACAUUAUUGGAUGGGGGGAGGUUGCAGCUUUGGCUUUUGAAAUAAACUGGCCUGGUUUGGGCUUGUUCUCAUACGCCA